AUGUGUAUUUUGGGUUCAUUUGGAAAUUUAUUAUCAUUUUGUGUUUUACUUCGUGCCAAUAUGAGACGAUAUUCAACAUUUUGUUAUUUAGCGUGUCUUGCUCUUGUUGAUCUCGGAGUUAUAAUAACAUUUUGUACUAAUUUUAUAUCAUUAUAUCAUUUUAAUAAUGAUAUACAAAAUGGACCAUUUGCAUGUAAAUUAUUUGCAUUUUGUAUUUAUUUUCUUCCACAGUAUUCAUCAUGGAUAUUAGUUGCUGUUAGUAUUGAUCGUGUUAUAUCAGCAAAAUAUCUUCGUUUAGCUAAAACAUGGUCAAAACCAAGACAUUCUGUUUUAGUUACACUUUUACUUGGACUUGUUCUUGGAUUAUUAAAUAGUCAUUUUUUUCUAUAUGAAAAUAAUUCACUCAAACCAAUACAUCAACAUCAAUCAAUUGUACAAAAUAAUCGAACUAAUAUACUUGACAAAUAUUUAUCACCAGAAACACUUCUACCACAUCAUACUAAUGAGUAUUUAUUACCCAAUAGUUUUUCGCAUGAUAUAUCUAAUAGUGCUUCUUCACCAUCAUCUCUAUAUGAACCAUAUACACCACCAUCAAUUCAAUCAAUUCAUCAAGAUGUAACAUUACAACCACAACAACAACAACAAGAUGAUAGAACUAUAAUAACAAUUCAAAAACCAAUUCCAAUAUUUGAUGUUAAUUAUAUUCACUGUUCACUUGAAAAUUCUCCUCAACAUGAAAAUCUUCAUGUCUAUUGGGUGUGGAUAGAUCUCCUUAUGAAUGUCUUUUUACCAUUUACAGCAAUGAUUGCUUGUACUAUUAUUAUAAUUUUAACACUUGUUCGUUCAUCAACAAGAUCCGGUUCAACAUCUGCUCGUCGUUCACGUCGUCGUCGUAAUAUAUCUGUCAUGUUAAUUACUGUCAAUCUUGUUUUUAUUAGUUUAACAGCUCCAAUAGUUAUAUUUUUAAGUAUAUACGUCUAUGUUAAACAAGAAGCAAAUCCUUAUCAUCAAUUAAUAUUAAUAUUAAUUAAAAUCUUUUGUAUUAUUUUAAUGAAUCUUAAUCAUUCAGUAAAUAUUGUUAUUUAUUCAGUAACAGCAAAAGAAUUUCGUACUGAAAUGACAAAUUUCUUACGUGCAGUACUUUAUUGGAUUAUUGGUAAACCAACCAAUCCACAUGAUUUACCAUUUAUGGAAGAUAAUGAAACGUUUUUUUCACGUUUUAGACGUUUAAGAUAUAAUUUAUUUAAAUGUUGUCAAAUAAAAGUACGUUCAAAUUCAACAAAUGAAAAUGAUUCAAGUGGUUUAAAUCACACAACAGCACCAGCCGGAGCAAAUAAACGUUUAUCAGCAGUUGAUGGAAGUGUAGGAAAAAGUACACCGAAACAAAAAAAAUCAAAUCGAAAUGGUAAAAAACGAAGAAAAUCUUCGAAUACACGUUUUAGUGAAACAUCUACAACAGGACAUAGAAAUAGUCAUCGUCUAACAGUACAAUUACAAGCUGAUCCAAUAUCAUCUGUUUCAGAACGUGAAGAUUUAUCAUUACAUGAUAAAUCAAAUUCAACUGAAGAUUAA